GUUCAGGUAUAUUCGUGCAAACCAGUCCUUCUGACACAAAACAGUUUGUGACACCUGCAUCGGCUUCUAAAAACAACAGUAUGACUUGCUCGGAAAUAUGGCUCUGCGACGGAUAGUAUGUCUUCUGUCACUAUCAGUACUGGCCAUGGCGUCGCCAGCUGUAGAAAAAAACCGCUAUCGAAAAGAAAUGAUCCAUUACCCACCAGAUACCCCAUUCUGGGUCACCGACUACUUCACCAAGGGCUGCAGGGUAUAUGUCGACUUGUGCCCUUCUGUAUACAAAAAACAACCGAUUUGCGGCCAAAACUAUAAUGAGGAAUUCAAAAACUUUGCCAACUACUGUGAAAUGCAAUAUGAAAAUUGCAAUUCGUGGUUAAAUUGGCACGUGUAUAAGCGGGAGAGAUGUUGAGUGAUAAUAGAUUUUUCCUUAUAUUAUAAAUAUAUUUUUUUGAUUUAUGCUCACCGGU